CCCAACCCCCACAUCCCCACCCAGUGCCCCAAGGGUCGAGAACCACCUUACGAUGAGCGAUGAAGUCCGCCAGGAAACCGGCCCCCACCAGCCCCUCAGGCGGCAGCAGCAGGUCUCCCCCGGCAGGGCGGCAUAGGGGCAUGAAACGCCGGAACGGGGAGCAGGCGGCAGAGACACCGACGGGCACCGCAUCGGCGAGGAGAGCGGGCCAGGGCAGGCAGGAGGGCCGCGCCAGGGGCACCCCCGAGGGAGGAGAUGUCCCGGCCCAGGGAGAGAGCCGGGCGGCCGGGGAGGCGGGCAGGGCCGAGGGGGCGGUCUCCAGCCGCAAGACCGCCACCUUCAAGUCGCGGGCCCCCCGCAAGAAACCGGCGGAAGAGCUGCUGGGCGCUGACGGGCGGGACGACUCCAGCAGCAACGGCAGCGAGGGUUCGGUGGGGCCUGGCAUAGCCCCACCGGCGAACCCCACCCCCGCUGUCCCCCAGGGGCCGACAGAGGGGGAGGGGGAGCAGCCCUCACGGUGUCCUGCGGACCCGGCAGAAGACCCCAGUGCCGGUGCCAGCUCCUCUGGCACAGAGACGGCGAGUGAGCACUCUGCUGAUGGUGAGGAGGAGGAGGAGGGCGAGGGCGAGGGCGAAGGGGGCGGCCUGUCCCAGUGCCUCCAGGCGCAGCGCCCCACCUCCCAGCGGCACUGCCGACGACGCUGCCGCGACCCAGACCCUCCGCCCACCUCCGCCACCGCCUCCACUACCACCUCCACCUACCGAGGGGGCUCCUGGGCCUGCCCCGAGGCCGGUGCCCCUCCCCCCGCCUCCUCCCUGGCCCCCGGCUCCCGGGUCUGCGUCCGCUACCCCGGCCCCCGCCCCUCCCCAUUCCGGCACGGCACGGUGACGGAGAUCGGGCGCGGUGGAGCCGCCCCUUACCGGGUCCUCUUCGACGACCGGGAGGGGGCCUGGGUGUCCCUGGAGGACCUGAGGCUCCCUGCCCGCGGGCCCUCCUGGCCCGACGGUAGCGGGGGGCCCCCGUCGCCCACUCCCGCGCCCCCCCGCCAGCCGGAGGACACCGAGGUGUUGACCCUGAGCCUGGGCAUUGGCCAGCACCAGCAGCAGGUGGCAGUGAGUGGGGGGUCGGGCAGCGCCCAGGAGGGGGGCAGCACCAGUGGGGGAAGCAGCAGCAACUCCCUGGACAGUCGGCUGACCCCGGGUCCCCGCUCCCGCACCCCCCUGGCGCCCGUGGGCGCGGCGGCAGCAGCCCAGCAGAAAUACAAGAAGGGGGACGUUGUGUGCACCCCCAACGGGAUCCGUAAGAAGUUUAAUGGUAAGCAGUGGAGGCGGCUUUGCUCUCGCGACGGCUGCAUGAAGGAGUCUCAGCGUCGCGGUUACUGCUCACGCCACCUCUCCAUGCGCACCAAGGAGCUGGAGGGCGGAGGGGGGGGCAUGGCGGGCUCAGACGGGCGGGCCAGUGGCCUGAGGGAGGGCAGCUCAGAGUUCGAUUGGGACGAGACGUCCCGGGACAGCGAGGCCAGCAGCGCCCGCGCCGACUCCCACCCCAGGCUGCCCACAUCUGCUCCCGCCGCCCCGGCCUCCGACCUCUCCAGCUUCAACUCGGACGAGUGCGAUGCCGCCAACAUGCUGGUGUCGCUGGGCAGCUCCCGUUCGGGGACGCCGGGGUUCUCGCCCGUCUCCAACCAGUCGCCCUUUUCCCCCGCCCCCUCCCCGUCUCCCUCGCCCCCCUUUGGCUUCCGGCCUGCCAGCUUCAGCCCCAUCACCGCCUCCCCCGUCCUGCAGCGCGGCGGGGGGGGAGGAGCCGGGUGCCCGGGCCCCGGCCCUGCUGCCCUCCCUCCCUCCUCCUCAUCCUCUUCCUCCUCCUCCUCCUCCUCCUCCUGCGCCUCGUCCGCCUCCUCGUCCCGUCACCGGCACGCCAGCACUCCCAAGCUGGGGUCGCUGACCCCCGAGCUGGGGCACGGCGCCCCCUCCCACCCUCACCAUCACCCCCACCACCCUCCGCUGAGAGAGCGCCACUCCUCGGGCAUCCAGCCCACCUUCCAAACCAGCCUGACCUUCACCGUGCCCAUGAGCCCAGGCAAGGGCAAGGCCAAACCCGACUGGGGGCACGGGGCCACCCCCCAGCCGCCUCACUCUGCCUCCAGUGACUACCACAAGGGUGAGGUGGGGGAGACGGGCGCCCCCUCUGCCUCUGCCGCCUUCCAGGCCACCUCUCCCCCGGCCGGGCACUUGCCCCGCUUGCGCCAGGUCUCCCCGCCACCGCCACCGCCGCUGCUCCUGCUGAGCCCGCCUGCUGCCGUGACCUCCGACCCCUCCGUGCGCCGAGUCCCCGCUGCCCAGCGCGACUCGCCGGUCAUCGUCCGCAACCCUGAUGUGCCGCUGCUGCCUGCCCGCUUCACCGAGAGGGCCCUGGGGGUGGCUGGAGUGGGGGGAGGAGGUGGUGGGGGGGGCAGCCCCCGGGUGAACAAGGGUUCCGCCAAAGAGCACUACCGGCACCCGGCCGGUGGCAAGGCCCCGCUGCAGGCCCCUGUGCCCAUCAACGCCAACCGCAUGGCCCGUGCCGCCUCCCCUGGCCAACCAGCUGGUGGGCUCGGCGCAGCAGCUGCCGCCCUGACUCCCACCCGCCAGGAUCCUCCCAUCCAGCCUGUGGCCUGCCACCCAUCACCGGCUGCCCUUCUGCCUGUCAUCGUGCCGUCGCCCCUCGGAGAGUUCCAGCACCCGGCCCCGAAGAAGGAGAUCAUCAUGGCGCGCCCCGGAACAGUCUGGACCAAUGUGGAACCACGUUCCGUCCCUGUCUUUCCCUGGCACUCGCUGGUUCCCUUCCUCACUCCCAGCCAGCCCGACUCCUCUGUCCAACCGACAGAGGCUGAGCAGCCCACAUGUCAGGCUGGAGCAUCCAAUCAGGUUAAAGAACCUCAGCAGUCUGCACAGGGGGUGCACAGUCCCGUUGAAGUGUCCCAGGACCCAGAGGCACAGGAGGACCCCGACAGCCCCUCCCAGAUCGCCAGUGAGGCCAGCAAGGCCCCCCCCGACGAUGACAUGCAGGGCCUCCCGGAUCAGAGAAUGGACAGUGAGACCGAGAGUGACCACGACGAGGCCUUUCUGUUGACCACUGGAGUAGACACAGUCUGCCUUCCGCCUGAAAAACGAAGGACCAAGUCUCUCAGCGCACUGCCCAAGGAGCGGGACUCCUCGUCUGAGAAAGAUGGCCGUAGUCCGCACAAGCGAGAGAAGGACCACAUCCGACGUCCAAUGAAUGCCUUCAUGAUCUUCAGUAAGCGUCACCGUGCCCUGGUGCACCAGCGGCACCCCAACCAGGACAACCGCACGGUCAGCAAGAUCCUGGGAGAGUGGUGGUAUGCCCUGGGACCCAAGGAGAAGCAGAAGUACCACGACCUAGCCUUUCAGGUGAAAGAGGCUCAUUUCAAGGCCCACCCUGACUGGAAAUGGUGCAACAAGGACCGUAAGAAAUCCAGCUGUGAUGUCAAAGCAGCAACGGCAGGCCCCGGCUCGGUCAGGUGUAAGGAGCAAAGGGAACGCAGCAUGUCCGAGACCGGCACCCUCUCUGCAACGACAGUUCCCUCGGAGAUGGCGGCAGACUACCCUGGGGCUGUGCCAUGCUCCGACUCAAAGCCAAUUUCCCUGCUGCACCCGGGCACAGUGAGUAUGCAACUGAACCGGCCGAGAGCCUUCUCCCACAGCGGGGUGCACAGCUCCGAGAAAUGUGACCGCAACAGUGAGGCCUUGGUGGAGCUCGCGCAGAUGUGCUCGAACCCACUACCUUACCCUGGGGUCCGCUCGCAGCACCUCCCCACGGGAACACUGAGCUUCAGUGGGCAGGGGCCAACUGACUCUGUGACCAGCAGCAGUUCCUUACGGCCGGCCCAGGCCCAGGCCCGGCCAUUCCGCUCCCAGCGGACCACCAGCGAGGACAUGACCAGCGAUGAGGAGAGGAUGGUCAUCUGCGAGGAGGAGGGCGAUGACGAUGUGAUGGCAGAUGACCCCUACAGUGCGGCCGAUAUUGACCUGAAGUGUAAGGAGCGAGUAACCGAUAGUGACAGUGAUGGGAUGUCUGCUGAUGAGAGUGAGAAUAAGGUAUUCGCCCCCGUGAUUCAACUCUCGCAGGCGGGGAGCUACGGGCCAUGUCGCCCCCACCCCGAGGUGCCGAGGGAGCGAGGGCGUACGGAGGCCGAGGGCGGGGGCUACGGGGGCUACAGGGGCCCCGGAGGGGCGGGGGCAGAGCCCCCCGAGGGCAAGCCCAAGCCUGAGCAGCCGAGACGGGGAGACGUGCGUUUCGCCCUGGCAGAACCGGCACCUGCCUACGACAGGAAACGUAGGAAAGCCGACGGGGUGCCAGAGGCUCGGCCCUACCCAGGCCAGUCGGUCAUCUCUCCCACUGCCGGGAGACCGGGUGAGACCAGCGCCCGCUGCCCCAAGCUCCCGGGCGGGGGGAGCGGCACCCUCCUGGUCAGCCCCACUCCGGCCUCGGAGCCCUGCCCCUCCCCUCGAGCCGCCCCCACCUCCGUCACCAACGUUUUGAGGCCGGUCAGCAGUGGCGGGGGGGCCUUGCUCUAUGCCCCAGGGCAGGGGGGAGACCCAAGGAAGACCCCGGCCCCCCCUCACCUGUCCGCCUACGGCCCCUCGCCCAAGCCGGGCCCUGCGGACGCUUUGGUGACCGGCCUGGUGGUCAGCUCGCCAUCAGUAUGCGGGCCUGCUCCAUCUGCCCACCCUACCACCUCCUCCAACACCACCUCCUCCAGCGCCCCCACCUCUGGUCUGGUGCUGCCCCAGCAGCCGUCCCUGCAGUUCAUCACCCAGACCCCGGCGGCUCCCCAGAACGGUGCCCUGCCCCUCGGCAUCAUCCAGCCCCAGCCCCAGGUGAAGCCGGCCACCAUCGCCCAGCUGCAGUACAUCCUUCCCGGCCUGCCCCCGCAACUCCAGCUCUCCGCGGCCGGCAAGGCGUCACCAGGCCAGUGCGGGACCGGGUCCGCCAGCAUCCACUUCGCCCUGCCACCCCCCACACCCGCCCCCACCACCGACAACGGCAAGCUGCUGGCCGCUUCCUCUGCCACUGCAUCGCACGGCAUCCCCAUCAUCCAGGCCACGCCCGUCGUCAAUCCCGGCGCUG